CAGAUGCCUCCGCGAGAUGCGGCUGUUCUUUGCUUUCUCUGCUCUCUAGGAGAGCACCGAGGUCUUGGGAGAGCAGCCCCCUUUGGAGAGGAUGAACCCUGGGGAGGUGCCUGGGCCACCUGGAGCUUGCUGCUCUUGAAAUGGAGUUACUCUCCCUUUGGCUUUCCCUGAUUUUCAUUGUACUGGUUGUAGAGUGGAGGAGCAGAACUGGAAUGGCUGGAGCAGAAUAUCAAGGGAUUUGUAAACUGGUGGGCCAAGUUGUUGACUGCCAAAGAAGACAUCUGGUUUCAGUACCCAAUGACCUCCCCUCCCAUUCAGUGGAACUUGUCCUGGAUGCCAAUCCCAUCAAGACCUUGGAGCACCAUUCCCUCCUACGCUAUUCCCAUUUGGAGAACCUGAGUCUAGAUAAUUGUAAACUGGAGUGCAUUGACCGAAAUACAUUCCAGGGGAGCAGCUCCCUCCACACUUUAACACUGAGCAAUAAUUUUCUGUCCGUGAACUACACAGAGUCUGGAGCUGCUCUCCGAUCUCUCCCAAUACUGAGGAAGCUGGAUCUGUCAGGCAACUUGCUGACUGAGGACAUGGUAGCUGAGAUGCUCCUCAACCUCUCUUCCCUGGAGUCCCUGUCUCUGGCAAGGAAUGUCAUCAUGAGGCUUGAUGACUCCGCCUUUCAGAGCCUGGAGAGAUUGCAGGAGCUGGAUUUGCAAAAGAACUACAUCUUUGAGAUUGAAAGUGGUACCUUUGACCACCUAAAGUGGCUGAGGAGGCUCAAUCUGGCCUUUAAUCAUCUCCCUUGCAUUGUGAAUUUUGAUCUUACUCAGCUUCAGACACUGAACGUCAGCUAUAAUAUCCUUGAGUGGUUUAUAGCAGACAGUGGAGGUGCUGCCUUUGAGCUAGAGACAUUGGACCUCUCCCAUAAUCAGCUGCUCUUUUUUCCCUUUCUGCCUCAACAAAACAGGCUUCACACCCUGUUGCUAAUGGACAACCAGAUGGGCUUUUAUAGGGACCUCUACAAUGCCUCGUCCCCACAGGAAAUGGUGGUCCACUUCCUCCUCAUCGAUGGCAAUGUGACCAAUGUCACCACUGUCAACCUCUGGGAGGAUUUUUCCCUGAGUGACCUCUCUGCCCUUCAUUUCCUGGACCUUAGUCAGAACCAGUUCAGGUACCUACCAGAUGGAUUCCUAAGGAACAUGACUUCCCUCUCCCACUUAAACCUUAAUCAGAACUGCCUACAGACAUUCCACAUCCAAAAGGACAAUCCCCCCAAUUCCCUUUCUGAUCUUAACCUCAGCCAAAACCAGCUCUCAGAACUUCGGCUGGCUCCGAGGCUAACUAGCUUCCUAAGGAACCUCAGAUACUUUAACCUGAGUUCCAAUCAGCUCCGGGGAAUCCCCCCUGGCCUCUUCACCAACGCCAGUAACAUCACUACAAUUGAUUUGAGUCACAAUCAGAUCACCGUUUGCCCUCAGUCAGAAAAGGUUAGCCAAUUGGUCUGUGUUGAUUUCCGAAAUAUGACAUCUUUGAGAAGCCUCUCUCUUGAAAACUGUGGCCUGGCAACCUUAGAAGAUGGCACUUUCAGGGGGACAUCGCUCACUCAUUUAGACCUGUCUAGUAAUCAAGACAUCCUAUUGCGGGGCAUUUCUCCUCUCCAGGACGUUACCCGCACUUUACAGGUCCUGUCUCUCAGGGACGUUGGCCUCCAUUCCAGUGGCAGAGAGUUGGAUUUCGUUGGCUUUGGGAAUCUGAAAUACUUAGAUGUGUCAACAAAUUCCUUGACUAGCUUUCCCCGAUUCUGGGGCAGCCUCGAACUACAUACUCUAGAUCUUCGGAGAAACUGUCUCACAGCCCCUCCUCAGUGGACCAGCUCUGAGCAACUCAAAAAGAGCCUGCGUGUUCUCUACCUCAGCCAGAAUCCAUAUGAUUGCUGCUCCCCGGAGAGCUGGGAGCCCCUCCAGAACUUGAAGACCCUGCACAUUGCAGACUGGAGAAAUGUCACUUGUAACUUUUCUUCCAAGAUGUUGCAUGUGGUAGAACUGUCUGAGGACUUCUACCAGGGCUGCAAGUGGAUGAAAGCAGACCAAGGUCUGCUCUACUUGGUACUCAUUCUCCCCACCUGCCUCACUCUACUUGUUGCCUGUGUUGUGAUCUUCCUGACCUUUAAGAAGCCCCUGCUGCAAGUUGUAAAGAGCCGUUGCCAUUGGUCCUCCAUUUACUGACCCCAACGAGAAAACCCUUUCUAAGCUGAACAGGUGACUCAAAUCAGUGAGUUGGCCUCAAUGACCUCCUAGGUCCCUUCUAGCCUCAGAUUUAUUAUCCUAUGAGGAGCCUAAUCACAUCUAGUGAAUUAAGGAUUGGAUGAAGAUGAAAACUGUGUCCAUUCCUUUAUCCCUCCAAGUAGCAUGGUGCAGUGCAUAGGGCAAUGGACUUGGCACACGGAAGGCCUGCCUUUAGCACUUACUAGCUCUGUGACCAGGAACUGAGCCACAGUUUCCUUUUCUGCAAAAUGCAGAUAAUCAUGCCAAUUCUACCUACCUCACAGGGUUAUUGUGAGGAAGAAACAAAAUCAUGUUUGUAAAAGGCUUUGUAAACCCUAAAGCCCUAUGUAAAUUCUGGAUACUGUCAUUAUUAUUUUAUUAUUUAGUGUAUUAUUAAUUUUAAAAAUUAUACAAUGGAUAUAAAGCCACAUAAAGAAUUUUUAUAAAAUGUAACUGAAAGGGUCCCCCCUGUCCUUACUGUGUGGUUGUCAUUUUAUUAAUUUUUUUCAUUUCCUUGGCUGGGUAACAGAACAGGGAUGGUUGAACACAAACCUGUACUACCAGAGGUAAAGAAAACCUCCAAGUGCCUAUCCUCCAAUGUUUGGGUCAUUAAUAGUCUUUUUAGUUUGAAAGGGCAGCACAUACAUUAUUAUUAUUUAUACCGCGUGUUGCUAGAACGGAUGCAAAUGGCCACUUCAAAGCGAAGCUAAUAAUUCAAAUGAGAAUCAAUUAAAAAUGAAACAAAAAUUAAAAAAGAAAAAAAGGACUUUUAGUAAGUGCUUACUUAGUGCCAAGUAUGGUCCUAUGUUGGGGAUAUAACCAGAAAAAGAAACACCAUCUCGAUUCUCAAGGAACUCAAGUCUAACUAGAGGAGAUAACAUAUAUAUGAGAGUUCAGCUUCAGAGAGGAUGAGAAUGUCCCAAAGACUUAAAAGUGCUUUGGUGUGUAGGGACAGCUGAGUGGCUCAGUGGAUAGAAAGCCAGGCCAAGAGACCAGAGGUCCUGGGUUUAAAUAAGGCCUCAGACAUUUCCCAGCUGUGUGACCCUGCACAAGUCACUUAACCCCCAUUGCCUAGCCCUUACCACUCUUCUGCCUUGGAGCCAAUAUAUAGUAUUGAUCCUAAGGCAAAAGGUAUAGGUCUAAAAAAUAGUACUUUGGUGUGGUUGAUGGUAAGGCCCCAGGGGCCUUAGGGUAAGAGUGAUCUACUGGUUAUGAACAGACUCUUUACAGCAUGAGCAGAGCAAAAGAACUUCAUGUCUAGUACGCAGGCUCAUUGUUGUCACUGGGAUAAACAAAAUUUUAUUGUCAACUUUUUUAUUUUUUUAAGCACUCUGAUAGCCAAAUCAAAGACCAAAAUAAGACAUCAUUUUGGCAAGGCCAACAGGUACUAAAAAUACUUCCUGGAAAUACCAGAAAUUUUCCUGUAUAGUCUCCAUCCCAUGAAGGUUCCUAUCCAAUUCAAUCUGAUUUAAUUCAAUCAACAUAAGGGCUGAAUACAGUGUGUAAAUUAUAGCCAAAGUUUGGGCUGGGCAAAAGGAGAGACCAUUAUAAAAUGAAAAACAGUUCUGAUCUGGAGGAGUUUACAUUUUCCUGCAUUCAUUAAAAUCAGGGAUGACUGCUGCCAAAUUCCGGGGUGAGCACAAUUUGUCUUCGUCGCCCCUUUACUUGUUUCCUCAACUCUGCCUCUGCUCUGCCCCAUUCCUCCUUUGCCAUCUUCCAGAUGCUCUGUGCCCUUGAUAGUGACUUCCCACCUGCGUCUGCACAUAUUCCUGAAUUUUUGUGACUUCUUCCUUCCGCCUUUUAAAUGUACAUCUUCUCUCCCUAAAAGUCUUCUACUUUCCUUUCAAGGAGAAACCCAGUUAAUCUUAUCCAUUUUCUGGCUUCCCUCUUUGGGACAGCACUUCCUAGAUAGCACAUGUGCAUUUUGGCAAAGUCCUUCUGGAGAUGCUGCUUCAAUAUAAUUCUAAAAAGCCUGAAUUUGUAUGGAAUGUUAGCUACGAGCAUAGCUUUAUCAAUAACAUUCCAUCCUGCCUUACUAUGUACACUAUAAUAAAUGAUGGUUUAUUCAUCGUGAUUCAAGUUCAAGAUGUUAUGAAGUGAAUGCUGGACUUUGGGUACCGAGUUCCAAAUCCCAGCUCUGCUACAUUCUACCUAUGGGACCUUGGGCAAGUCACUGAACUUCUGUUGGCCAGUUUCCUCAACCCCAAAUGGGGAUAAUAAUACCACUACUUCCCAGGGUUGUGAGGAUCAAACGAAAUAAUACUUAUAAAGGGUUUAGCAUAGCUCCUGGCACACAGUAGGCACUUUAUAAAUGCAAUAAUAGUUUUUUACAGAAUGAUUACUGUUAUCAUCACCAAGUGGUGCUGAACUUCUCUGCAUACUUUGUUAGUUUAAACCUUUUUUAAAAAAAAUCUUUACUUUCUACCUUAGUGACAACUCUAAGACAGAAGGGCAAGGUCUAAUCAAACAGGGUUAACUGACCCACCCAGGGUCACACAGCUAGGAAUGUCUGAGGUCUGAUUUGAACCCAGGUCCUCCCAUCUCAGGCCUGGAUCUCUAUCUAUUGAGCUAUCCAGGUGCCCCAAAUCUUUGGUUUUGAAGGUCCUUUGAGCAGGUAUCUGCCCUCAAUGAAGGAUGAAAGCCCAUGCUCUGAUCUCUAGAAUCUGCUCUAGAUCAUCAGAUCAUUCAGGAUCUCCUGAUUACUCCCAUUACACCUUCUUUUUUAGUGCCAGUGGAAUUUUAUUUAGGGACAUGUGAAUUUUAAUAUAAGUUAUGCAAUAUAAUAGUAAAAUGAGAUUUGAUUGAGGUGGACAAUGAUGAGAGAGACAGUGAGAAGUCAUUGAUGUUUUUGGCUUGUUCUUGUACUCUAUGUGAAGCCUAUUUAUAUUCAAUAUUACAAUAAAGUCGAUGCCAUGUUCCCAUGUGGCUAAUCACACAAGGAAUAUGCAUGAGAUUUUUGUCAUGUGUGCUGGGUGUCAUUUAGUAAAUAUCAUGAUUGUUUCUGGCCCUUCUUUCCCAAAUGUUUUAUACUUUGUAGAUGUUGGUGUGCAUUACUUAUGUGCUUAGUAUAUCUUGUGAACACAUCAGUCAUUCUAAUAACUUCUGUCACAUAUGUGAGAAAUUCACUUUUAAACCGCAGAGAAGAAAUUUUAUUCCUCUAGUUAAGAAUGAAGGGGCAGCUAGAUGGCACAAUGGAUAGAGCCCUUGGCCUGAAGUCAGGAAGUCUUGGGUUCGAAUCUGAACAUAGGUAGGAGCCUCUGAUAUUUCCUACCUAUGUGAUCUUAACCCCCAUUGCCUAGCCCUUGCCUUGCUUGUGUCUUAGAACGGAUACUAAGAGUGAAAGUAAGGGUUAAAAAAAAAAGAAAAGCUAUGAGCUCAGUUGUGGUUGUAAAAUAAGUGAUUUAGGCUAAGGCUUGGGUCCCUUACCUGCGCUGGAAGCCUUCUAGUUGGUUGAAUUUGUGACUCUACUCACUUGCCAUUUGGUAGUUCCAAAUUAAUUGGAGGAAAAAAAAAGAUCAAUAAGUUGCCAUUUUACGUAA